UGCGCAGCUGAGGAGAGCCUAGCUGGUUGCGUGGAGGGUUGUUUGAUUCCCACCCCCUCUUUUUUCUUUUCUUUUUUUUCCCAUUUUUUUCUUUCUCCCUGAGACUUAUUAAUUUCUCUGUGGGGCUGCGGCUGGAGACCGUGGAGCGUUGGAAAUGACGCUCGGAGCUUUAAUUACCGCAAUGGCUGGACAAGUGUGAGGAAAGCUGACAGGGGGAAAAAAAGGGGACAGGAUCGAGGAGAAGCAAAGAAGCAACCGCCCCCCUUCUCCCUCCCGAUUUGGACAGGAGGUGCAAGGAGACUGAAGAGAGAGCUCAACAUAGCCCGGCUUCGGGGGAGAGGCCGGAACCCUGCCGCCUCUUUGCAAUCAACUUUUUUUGGAAGCCUUUCCCCCCCCCCUCUUUCUUUUUAUUGUUGACCAACCAGUGAGAGAGCGAGGGGGAGCGGGCGAGCGAGAAAGUGAGGAGGGAGCGAGCGAGCGGAGGAUCACUCGGGGAAAUAGCUGUACAGUUCUGCCUGGAGCAGCAGCCGCACAGUCGCGCACACUCCCACCCGCGCGCACUCUCGCGCGGUCCCUAGCCGGGUCCCCGGGUCCCCGGGCCCUGGAAGCCACCGGCGCCAGCCCCGGGAGCCCGUGCACCGCGCGCGCCGCCCCCGCCCCCCUCGCGCCCCCAACGCGCUCCCGGCUGAGGGGGGAAAUCUCCUCCGCGUGCCCGCAAGGGGCUAUGCCAUUUGGACAUGUAAUUGUCAGCGCGGGAUCUGAGACUUGCCAAAAAUGAAGCUGGCGACGGGACUGUGGGUCUGGGGGAGCCUCCUGGUGGCAACGGGGACCGUCCAGCCCAGCGCUUCUCAGUCAGUGUGCGCAGGAACAGAGAAUAAACUGAGCUCUCUCUCUGACCUGGAACAGCAGUACCGAGCCUUACGCAAAUACUAUGAAAACUGCGAGGUAGUCAUGGGCAACCUGGAGAUCACCAGCAUCGAGCACAACCGGGACCUCUCCUUCCUGCGGUCUAUCCGAGAAGUCACGGGCUAUGUACUGGUGGCCCUCAACCAGUUCCGUUACCUGCCUCUGGAGAAUUUACGCAUUAUUCGUGGGACAAAACUGUAUGAAGAUCGCUAUGCCUUAGCGAUAUUCCUAAACUACAGAAAAGAUGGCAACUUUGGACUUCAAGAACUUGGAUUAAAGAACCUGACUGAAAUUCUAAAUGGUGGAGUCUAUGUAGACCAGAACAAAUUCCUGUGUUAUGCUGACACCAUACACUGGCAAGAUAUUGUUAGGAACCCAUGGCCUUCCAACAUGACUCUGGUGUCAACAAAUGGAAGCUCUGGAUGUGGAAGAUGCCAUAAGUCCUGUACCGGCCGAUGCUGGGGGCCCACUGAAAAUCACUGCCAGACCUUGACAAGAACUGUGUGUGCUGAACAAUGUGAUGGCAGGUGCUAUGGACCCUACGUUAGUGACUGCUGCCAUCGGGAAUGUGCUGGAGGCUGCUCUGGACCAAAGGACACUGACUGCUUUGCAUGCAUGAAUUUCAAUGACAGUGGAGCUUGUGUUACUCAGUGUCCCCAGACAUUCGUCUACAAUCCAACCACCUUUCAACUAGAGCACAACUUUAAUGCAAAGUACACAUACGGAGCAUUCUGUGUGAAAAAGUGCCCACAUAACUUUGUGGUAGAUUCCAGUUCCUGUGUGCGUGCUUGUCCUAGUUCCAAGAUGGAAGUAGAAGAAAAUGGAAUUAAAAUGUGUAAGCCUUGCACUGACAUUUGCCCGAAAGCAUGUGAUGGCAUCGGCACGGGAUCAUUGAUGUCAGCUCAGACAGUGGAUUCCAGCAACAUUGACAAAUUCAUAAACUGCACAAAGAUCAAUGGGAAUCUCAUUUUCCUUGUCACUGGGAUUCACGGGGACCCUUACAAUGCAAUUGAAGCCAUAGACCCAGAGAAGCUAAAUGUCUUCCGGACAGUCAGAGAAAUAACAGGUUUCCUGAACAUACAAUCCUGGCCUCCAAACAUGACAGAUUUCAGUGUUUUCUCCAACCUUGUCACCAUUGGAGGACGGGUCCUCUACAGUGGUCUAUCACUGCUUAUCCUCAAGCAACAAGGCAUCACUUCCCUACAAUUCCAGUCUUUGAAGGAGAUCAGUGCGGGCAAUAUCUACAUUACUGACAACAGCAACCUGUGUUAUUAUCAUACCAUUAACUGGACAACACUCUUCAGCACCAUUAACCAGAGAAUAGUGAUCCGAGAUAACAGAAGAGCUGACAACUGUACUGCUGAGGGGAUGGUAUGCAAUCACCUGUGUUCAAGUGAUGGCUGUUGGGGACCUGGACCAGACCAAUGUCUAUCAUGUCAGCGCUUCAGCAGGGGAAAAAUCUGCAUAGAGUCUUGUAACCUCUAUGAUGGGGAAUUUCGAGAGUUUGAAAACGGCUCCAUCUGUGUUGAGUGUGACUCUCAGUGUGAGAAGAUGGAAGAUGGACUACUCACAUGUCAUGGACCGGGACCUGACAAUUGCACAAAGUGUUCUCAUUUUAAGGAUGGUCCAAACUGUGUGGAGAAAUGUCCAGAUGGCCUACAGGGAGCAAACAGUUUCAUUUUCAAGUAUGCGGAUCAGGAUCGGGAAUGCCACCCAUGCCAUCCAAACUGCACCCAAGGGUGUAACGGUCCCACUAGUCAUGACUGCAUUUACUACCCAUGGACGGGCCAUUCCACUUUACCACAACAUGCUAGAACUCCACUGAUUGCAGCCGGAGUCAUUGGCGGCCUCUUCAUCCUGGUCAUCAUGGCUCUCACAUUUGCGGUAUAUGUCAGAAGGAAGAGCAUCAAAAAGAAACGAGCCCUGAGGAGAUUCCUGGAGACAGAGCUGGUGGAGCCCUUAACCCCCAGUGGCACAGCACCCAACCAAGCUCAACUACGUAUUCUGAAGGAAACAGAACUAAAGAGGGUAAAAGUCCUUGGCUCAGGGGCUUUUGGAACCGUUUAUAAGGGUAUUUGGGUGCCUGAAGGUGAGACAGUGAAAAUUCCUGUGGCUAUUAAGAUCCUCAAUGAGACAACUGGACCCAAAGCCAAUGUGGAGUUCAUGGAUGAGGCUCUGAUCAUGGCUAGCAUGGACCACCCACACCUAGUUCGCUUACUGGGCGUUUGCCUGAGCCCCACUAUCCAGCUGGUUACCCAGUUGAUGCCCCAUGGCUGCCUGCUGGACUAUGUCCAUGAACACAAGGAUAACAUAGGGUCACAGCUGCUGCUGAACUGGUGUGUGCAGAUUGCUAAGGGAAUGAUGUACCUGGAAGAAAGACGGCUUGUUCAUCGGGAUCUGGCAGCUCGUAAUGUCUUAGUAAAAUCCCCAAAUCAUGUGAAAAUCACAGAUUUUGGAUUAGCCCGACUCUUGGAAGGAGAUGAAAAGGAAUACAACGCUGAUGGUGGCAAGAUGCCAAUUAAAUGGAUGGCUCUGGAAUGUAUACAUUAUAGGAAAUUCACUCAUCAAAGUGACGUUUGGAGCUAUGGUGUCACAAUAUGGGAACUGAUGACCUUUGGAGGAAAACCCUAUGAUGGAAUUCCAACCCGAGAAAUCCCUGAUUUAUUAGAGAAAGGAGAACGUCUGCCUCAACCUCCCAUCUGCACUAUUGAUGUUUACAUGGUCAUGGUCAAAUGUUGGAUGAUCGAUGCUGACAGCAGGCCUAAAUUCAAGGAACUGGCUGCUGAGUUUUCAAGGAUGGCUAGAGACCCUCAAAGAUACCUAGUUAUUCAGGGUGAUGAUCGUAUGAAGCUCCCGAGUCCAAAUGACAGCAAAUUCUUCCAGAAUCUCUUGGAUGAAGAGGAUUUGGAAGACAUGAUGGAUGCUGAGGAAUACUUGGUCCCCCAGGCUUUCAACAUCCCUCCUCCUAUCUACACGUCCAGAGCAAGAAUUGACUCCAAUAGGAGUGAAAUUGGACACAGCCCUCCUCCUGCCUACACCCCCAUGUCGGGAAAUCAGUUUGUGUACCAGGAUGGGGGCUUUGCUACACAACAAGGAAUAUCCAUGCCCUACAGAGCCACAACCAACACCAUACCAGAAGCUCCAGUCACUCAGGGUGCAACAGCUGAGAUGUUUGAUGACUCCUGCUGCAAUGGUACCCUACGCAAACCAGUGGCACCCCAUGUCCAAGAGGACAGUAGCACACAGAGAUACAGUGCUGACCCCACCGUGUUUGCCCCAGAACGGAACCCACGAGGAGAACUAGACGAAGAAGGCUACAUGACUCCCAUGCGUGACAAACCCAAACAAGAAUAUCUGAAUCCUGUGGAAGAAAACCCUUUUGUGUCACGGAGAAAAAAUGGAGACCCUCAAGCUUUAGACAAUCCGGAGUAUCACAGCGCUUCCAGCGGGCCGCCCAAGGCGGAGGAUGAGUAUGUGAAUGAGCCGCUCUAUCUUAACACCUUUGCCAACGCCUUGGGGAACACAGAGUAUCUGAAGAACAGCGUACUGUCUGUACCCGAGAAAGCCAAGAAAGCAUUCGACAACCCCGACUACUGGAACCACAGCCUGCCACCCCGGAGCACCCUUCAGCACCCAGACUACCUGCAGGAAUACAGCACAAAAUAUUUUUAUAAACAGAACGGACGGAUCCGCCCUAUUGUGGCAGAGAAUCCUGAGUACCUCUCAGAGUUCUCGCUGAAGCCAGGCACUAUGCUGCCCCCUCCACCCUACAGACACCGGAAUACUGUGGUGUGAGCUCAGCUGGGGUGUUAGGUGGAGAGACACGCCCACUCCAUUCCCCACCCUCAACUCCCUCCUCUUUCUCUGGUGGUCUUCCUUCUCCCAAGGCCAGUAGUUUCAACACUUCCUAAUGGAAGAUAUAAAGACGCAAUGAUAGUUCCGUGCUUACCUAACUUGAACAUUAGAAGGAACGACUAAAGGAGAAAGACAGGACACACACUGUUUCUUCGUUUCUUCAUCUGGGUUGGUCAACAGAGUGUCAGAGCUAGAGAAGGUCUAGAAUAUAUAGGGUAAUACUGCCUGCUGUCAGAGACCAGCUUUGUUCCCUUUGCACUCUCUCUCUUCCCUUCCUUCCUUCCCCCCCUUCCUUCCCCCCUCUUCCUUCCUUCCUUCCUUCCAUCCAUCCUUCCUUCCUUCCUUCCUUCCUUCCGUCCUUCCUUCCUUCCUUAUCAAUGCAGAUGAUUGAAAGCCCAGACUUUAUUCUCGUCUGCAGCCAUAGACUUGAGCAUACUCAGCAUUCCUAAAAUGAAACAAACGCUUCCAUUAGAACAAAAGGAUAAACAUUUGGGUACCACUUGAUAGUAACUGAGAUUGAGAAGCCAAUUUCUUUCUCCAAUAGUUUCGUUCCUGGCAAGUAAAAAUGGCCAACCCAGCUUUCCUAAUGUUUAAAACUCCAUUAUAGUAAUAACUAGUAAUUAUGCUUAGAAGGCAUCUCUGGUUUUCUCUUUUUUGGUUUGCUUUAGCCCAUUCCGUUGUAUUAGUUCCACCCCUAUUUUUGGCUGUAGUUUCUAGUUGCAAAGAUAUUUACAUAAAAGCUUCUUCACAGUGUUGGAACACACACACACACACACACACACACACACACACACACUAUACGAUGUAGAGACCAUUAUUUUAAAUCAUACCAUCCUUAAAAUUGGAAGAGAAAGCCAAGAUACUAGUAAAAAUUGCAUCAAAUAUAGAUUUCAUGUAUCACAAUACGAGUUUAUUCUUCCCUGUCAUUUUCAUCCUUUAGCAUUUUAUUCUUCUCCAUAAAUGACUGUCUUUGAUAGGCAGUGGUAAUCUUAAGAGUAGAAGGGAUGCUAAGAAACAGUUAUGUGUGGUUUGAAAAACUACUGAUAUUUUCAGGGGUGGUCCCAUGGGGGAUCUGUGUAGUGGAAGAAACACUGGAUUGGGUACGUCUACAUGGAAGGUACUCAGAAAUGUAGUUUGCACUUAAGCUCUAAUUUUAUUUUUGCUCUUUUUUCUGAACUCCACUUUGGAUUUUGAAUGAAGCAAUAUGGAAGCAACCAGCAGAUUAACUAAUUUAAGUACAUUUUUUAAAAAAGAGGAUCUAAGAUAAAUACAGACUGUGGAAAUGCCAAACCAAGCCAACUAGGACUUUGGAACAGUACCCAGGGAUUGUGGUGAGAGGGCCAGCACAUUAUCUUCAUACUAUAUGACAUUUGCUGUGUAAGGACGUAUGUUAAGUUUGUACUCUCUGUGUGAAGGAAUGCAAAUUAAGGACUGGCUUGAAUUCCAUGGAAUUUCUAGUAUGAGGCUCUGUUUAUAUUGAGUAGAAGGUAGCUUAACUCUUCACACCUAAGUUGCUAUACUUAAUAGUAAACCAUAAACAUCUGAUGUCUAUGAACAGGUCCAUGAUUGAGUUAAGAGUUGUAAAUAAACAUGAAAACCCUUCUCAUGCAAUCAUUUUAUUAUCUGGUACAUUAUUCUUGUAAUAAUUUAUGUAAUGACUUCAUAUGCUACCAUCCUAUAUCCUGGUUGUAAAGCCAGCUCUAUUAGAUUUCAUUUUAAAAGAACACCUAUGGGGUUAAGAUGAGUGAUGGGCACAAAGACAAAUGGAUCUUUAGGAAAUAAGAAAAUGCAAUACACCACUCUUUUCUACAAAAUUUUUCUUCGAGUCAUUUAGAUUUUUAAGCAUUUCUUUCUAUUGUUUUUUCAUUAAGAAAAAUUAGACUCACUAGCCCAAAAAUUCAAUUAAUUUAAAAACCUUCUUGGUAAAACAGAGAGUGCUUAAGGAAGAAAACUUUUCAAGGAAGUUUACAUUUCUACCUAUUUUGAAAAAGUAAUUCUGUUCAUCCAAAUCUAGAUUCAUUCAAUUGAUAUUUGUUUAAAGUCUGCUAAACGCAUAUGGGAAGCAGUCAGAUAAAUGAAAUAUUGUCUCUGACUUCAAAUUUUAACAGUCAAAAUAUAUUUGCUGUGACAUUUUUUUCUCCAUGAAUCCAAGGAACCAGGUCAAAUCCACCAUUUUAUGAAUGGCUUCGCAGAACAGGUUGUUAGUGAAAAUUCUGAGAACUCUUUGGGACAUAAAUUAAACAUCCCUCAAACUAAUAUAGAUAACAAACACAAUAACGUCUAUGUUCUUAUCCAGAUACAAACUGUACCAGAAGAACAUUGCAUUACUGGCAAACUGACAUAUAUAGAGUCUUACUAUGAAAACAGCAGCCAGUGAUGAUCUUUGGCCAAAACCCUUAAAAAUGUUGGGUUUGGCCUCUUAAGCCAAGAAAAGUGAAGCAAACUGAAAGUGAGAGUUAGAGUUAGGACAAGGGUUUGUGAGAUCUUGUCUAGGAAAUUUACUAAAGAUAAAGACACAGCGUGAUCCAAGGGCCACAGAUUUAAAGCUCAAAGCCCCCCAACCCAAUUCAGAGGGAUCUGCAAGAACAGGGACCUUAUACAGGUCCCUAUCACCUAGGAAGAGUUGAAAGAAAGCCUUUGUUAGUGGAUAAAUCUAUGCCUACCCAAUAUAGGCAGUACCUUUGAUGACCUUUUCUCUUAAUAUGGCUUCUACUGGGAGGAAAAAAGCAGGAUCUUUUAAUUAGUUAAAGGAACAAGGAAGUCUCUUAACUGUUAAAGCAAUGGAAACAGAGUCAGUGAAUGCUCUCUUUCUCCCUUACAAGCAUGAGAUUGGCAGUUCCACGCAUCUCCCCCUAGAGAUAGAUGCUGGUGAAAUUGAGAAUGACCCCAAUGCCAUUUAAUCCUUCCCUUUUAUGACUUUCUAAUACAUGCUUGAUUUCAAUUCUGGUAUUUCCUGUUUGUUUUAGUUUUGACUAUCUAGAGGGAAAUUAUUCAAGAGUAGAUUUAGGUGACAACAAGCAGGAAUUGGGGGGUGGGUGCUUUCAUUUACUCAAGAGAAUAACAUGUUUCACCUAAAUUAAUUUUGAAAGAUGAUAGUUGCUAUGGAGUAUCAGGUGCCAGUCAUCUGCAGCAUCAAUUGGCAUAUGCAGAAUCAAUUUGUAAUACUGAGUAAAAUUCAUGUGGAAAUUAAGCUUACUGUAUUUUUUAAGUCAUCAAGUCUUAAUGAUCAUACUUAUCUUGGGAAAAUAAACUUUCAGGAAGGGUAGCUUUUCUUUUUUUUUUCCUUUUUUUGUGACAUAGUCAUUUAAAGAAGUCAUUCUUAAGCGGAUGAGGAAGGAUGUCCUCUAAGUCACAAGUGGUCCAGAGUCACCCAAAUGUUGCCACUCAAGCGAGGCCAAGAUAACAAAGCUCCCUGGUAGUGACCUGAGUUGAUUCUGCACUGUCAACCGUGAAGUCAGCAUAGGGCUGAAUUAGGACCCCAGAAUUACUUUAAUAGUGCAGAUUAGGAUGUGGGUCUCUCUCUCUAGAAGCAUCCUUGAAGCAGUUGUGAAAGUAAUGCAAAUUUCAAACUGUUAAAAAAAAAACUAAAGAUCAAACACUUAUUAAGAGUCUGAAUUCUGUAAGUCAGGAAGAAGGACUGACUGGCUCUAACUUGAAAGGAGAAAUGGGGGGGGCAGCCUUUAGUGUGUCAUUGUCAUGUGCAAUACCUUUUGAGAAUGGUGCAUUUUGUCAAUGAUGGGGAAAGGAUAGUAGAGGGACAUGAGGGUUUGCCAAUUGAUGAAGUUGGAUGAUGAUCCAUGUGCUUCCUGAAGUGUCAAAACUAGAAAGACAAAGCAAAAGUCUGACACAGAAGGAUGUAAAUACAAGAUUCUUUUGAACAGUCUAACAUUUAUUUAAAAACUAGAAUUAUUUGCCCAUCUGUAUUGUUGAUUACUUAACUAGUAUACAUAAUUCACAAGGUAAUAAACAAAGGUGACCAUGAAAGCAUGUGUAUAACUGGACACAAUCAUGACAAUGCUGUAAGAUGUAGAAUUAGUUAGCUUAUCAAAUGUUAAACGCUUUUUAAUAGUAAGAAGAAAUAAAACUAGAAAAUUAACCAUGUUAUAUAAAAUAACAAAUAAAAUUCAGGCUAUGGUGGGUAUUGCAUAGUAAAAAAAAAUAAGUUGCCCCUUAAAAUGGUUGUUGGUUGGGUUUAGCAGAUAGUGGACAUAGUGUGGUUUUAAUUGUGAAAACUUGCUUUAAAGCACUCCAGUUGAGUUUGCUCUUGUUCUCCUACUCCUUCUUUGCAUUUUAGAUGUAUUAAGUAUGAAGAGGAUGCAAAAAGGGUUUGCUUUGCAUACAUCAAUCGGAAGUGCUUUAACAGGCAAAUAAGCCACACUUGAGGUUAAGAGAUUUUCCCAAUGAGUAAAGGAAAUGAAAAGGGCCUGUAUCACCUCUUACAGAUACAAUACAAACAACAACAAAAUGAGUGUCAUCUUUAGAAAGCAAACACAACAUGUUCAAUUUGUGACAUACCUUUUCCCACCGUGCCAUCUUACCUACAUAACCAAUACAGAACCCAUUGCCAACUUUUUUUCCUUUUUUGAUAAAUGGAUUCUAAAGCAAGAAUUUUAAACACUAAAUAGGUGUUCUUUUGGAUUCUAGCUUUUAACUGUUGGUUCAUUAUGAGACAAAUGAGAAAUCCAACAGCAUAGCUACUAGCAGUUAAAAAGCCAGACAAAGCAAUUUCUAUGGCAUGUUCAUGCACAGAGAGCCCAGCUGUGCCUCUCUGGAAUGAAGGACAGACACAGUCUUGUCCUCGUGUAGACAUGUCAAGGCAUGUGGCUGUCUCCUGCUGACCAUUGGCUCAAGAAUAAAUGACAGGUGAAUGUGAUUGUGAAUCAGGCACCAUUUUAAAAGACCAUUGACAGUUGAGACCUUCUUCUUGCUGACCCUAACAUAAGGCCAUCAUUUAUGUGUCUGAAUAGAAUCAACACAGUUUUUUUCUAAUAGCAGAGAUGCCUUUGAAGGAGUUCUCUGCGCUGUUAUGAACACAAAGUUGUUGUGGGCAUUGUAUGGGAUCAGGUGCCCUCGUACUUGCAUAUAGAAAACCUUCCAACAUCAGGAGCUGCUCUGUUCCUUGCAUUCAGUGAAGACAUCACAAAAUAGUGAGAAUUUCAGACUCUUGCUGAUCAAGUCCCACUGAUUGAGUAGACAAUAGUAUAGAAUGUUUCUUUUGCCCUCACCCCUCACUCCUAGCCAAGAGAUGGUCUGGGUUAGAAGAAAAUGCUUCUAGAGUCAUAGGCUGAAAAGACUAUAUAAGCCCCAAUUUCAAGGAGCAUUCCCUAUGCCUCCCCUGGAAGGAAAUUCCUUGAAAGGCAGCGUUGCAAGCAAGUGACCACGUUGUCAGAGAAACAGGAAAUUUUAUUUCCAUCUGAAACUUAGAGGGAAAUGGCACCUUUGCUUUCUCAUCCCCACUUGCACAAUGCCCUUCUUCUUUUGAGUUCCUGUCACUAGUUCAAAGUGGCUCUCCCAAGGCUGUUGCUUCCCUAAGCCAUAGUGGAUCUAUGAAGACCCACAUCCUCCUCUGUGAAUACUGACCUAGCCUUCGCCCUCAAAUGCCUGAUUUUUCCAUUAAAAUACUCAGCCACUCUAGAUGGUAUUGAAAUUACUUCUCAGACAAAAGAUAGCACAAAAAUUAUUUAGGGUGUUAAAAUUGUUUUUCCAUGACAAUUGAUUCUCUCACUAUGGACUUCUCUGUAGGUAUUUAAGAUAAGUGAGCUCUGUAGUGAAUUUGGAGACUCACAUUGUGUGUACGUACAUGCACUUCUAGAUCAUACAUUUAAUCUUUCCAUGAAAACUAUGUAUGUGUAGAUGUAGUUCUUAUGUAUAUAUAUAAAACUAAGUUAUUGCUGCCAACUAACUUAUUUGCUUUGAUCACCUUAUUUUGUUCCUGAUUAUAAAUAUUUUUCAGCUGCUAGAUUUUCUUUUCCAAAUGAAGAGUUUUAUUAUCACAAAAGUAGAGGCAAUUCACCUUUAAGAACCUCCUCUGACUUUUGUUGAACAACCAUCCAUCUAACAAAUUUAUGAUAAGCGCCGUUUCACUGUAAUGAAAGUCCAUGUUGACUGACAGAAUUCUACUUUCCUCUAUAAGGAAAAUUUUCAUUUAAUGCUUUAGUGUGUUUUCCCCAUGUUAUGAGAAGUAUUUAUAUUUGUAUAAAUAUACAAAUGCAGGAAAACAAGUUUUCGCACCUGUAGGCAAUAGUCCAAUUUGUCCAAACCAUUUUGUCUUUAUUGCUAUUUUUAUCCCUAAUGUGUUGGUGUUUCCCCCAGGCCUGUUGUCCUUUUGAAGAAAAACAAACCAUACCUCCUAUCUAUCGACAGAAACCUGACUUUCAAGUUUCAUUUCCAGUGUUUUGCAGUUCAUGGAGGGGUUGUACCAUUUUCCUUCAUGUGAGAAUCAUAUCCCUGUAUAGUUCUGGAUCUCUCAGGGGCGGGAGUGGGGAGUGAGAGAGUACCAACUGUAACACUCCAAGAACCCUUUUGGAAUUAUUCCAGUAAUCAGCUAUGAAAGUAAUUUUCUAAAUGUAGAUAUAUGUAAGUCAUUCUUUUAAAGUAAGGUACUUUGAAAUAUGUAGCAUAAACUGGUUCUGCUGUUAAAUGGGUCGACUAUUAAACUGAGCAGCUGUGCAAAGGCAGCUAACUUUGAAUGCACACCUUACUGGCCGGCUUGUGUCCAUCUCAUCACAUGAGCUCCAAGGCCUGCGUUGCCGCACACCAUGAGUACAUUUUCACAUACUCUGGCUGCUUGACCAAUCUCGUUCUGGGUAUCAUUAGAAGUAGAUCAACUGUAAAGGAGAUUCAUGUGCAAGACCAUUCAUGGAACACACACAAAACUAGGUAACAUAAAAUCUCUCAACAUUCAUCCCAUGCACACACGUAUCACAGUAGUUGACUAAGGGAGUUUGGGUGAUAAAGGGAGACAAUUUGCAGAAAAGGCAGAGUUGUGUUCACUUCUUUAUUUGCCUGACUUGUAAACAGAAAACAAGUUCUCUUUCCUAUGAAGUAUCAUCAAAGGACAGGGCCUAACUGAAAAAAACAAAAAACAAAAAACAACUUUCUGGUAGCCAUCAAUGUUUCAUUUAAAUCCCAGCAUUCAAAGUUAGCUGCCUUUUUGAAAUAAACAAACAAAAAAGUACUACUGUAUGUUUGAAAAUGUGAAUAGUAUUUUUAUAGCUUGUUAAAGACAUGGCUAGCUGCAUUUGUAAAUAGGAUAAUGUUGCUUUGAUUUUCUUCUGUGGACAUCUUAUUUGGAACAUAAUUGUCUUUAGGGUUGAUUUGUAUAUAAGUAAUUGGCUUGUGAUUGUUUCUUUUUUGGUUGGAAGUUAUCAUUUUUGACAUUACCUGUGAUUCUGUGUUCAGCACUAUUAUGAUGUGUCCAACCUCUGCACUCGCUUACACAAUAGGAUAUGCCGAUUGUGUGUGGUAAAAUGUUAUUUUCAUUUUUUCUAUGUUAUCUAUGAAGGAUUGUGCACUUAACACAUACUAACUUUUUUAAUGGUAGGUAUAUUUUUAGUAUAAUUUUCCUAUUCUUUCUUCUCCUCCAACCCUUCAACCUCUUCUCCCACUUUUCCCCACUUUCUGUUGUUAUUGAGGACAAGGGAGAAACUGUAUUUUAAAUUGAUGUAAUUAGGUUUUUUGAGUUAGUUCUCAAGGAUCCUCUUUUGGCUCUUGGGAAAGAAUUGUGCGUGCACAGGGCACGUAUAGAAUGCGACAGCUUUGCCUCAUUCCAUACUGAUCAUCCCAGCUGAACAAUUUGAAAACUGUUCUGCCUUUUUGUUACAUGAAUCUGUCAGAAAUAUAUUUUUAAUUUAAUAUAAAUGAAAUUCAAUAAAAUAUGAAACAAAA